AUGCGUGGCUACUUUGGCUUCCCACCCUACCUCACGGCCGUCAUCGAGGAUUACUUCCGGGGUCGGCGUCUAACCUGGAGGGACGCCGACGGCAAGUCCUCCAAACUGCCCUCCCCCGGCUGUAGCAUUAUUUGCUACGCGGAUGACACGCUCAUCUUAGCCGGGGGGAUAGACUGGGGGAAGGCCGUGAGAACGGCUAAUUUUGAGCUGGCAUGCGUCGUGCGUUCCAUUCGCAAUCUGGGUCUGGUGGUGGCAGAAAGAAAAACAGUGGCCAUGUUCCUCCAUAGAAGAAGAAUGAAGCCACCCCAGGCCCAGAUCCGGGUAGGAAGAGUUAGGGUCCCAAUAGAGGCCCAGAUGAGAUAUCUGGGCCUCACAUUGAACGGCACCUGGUGCUUCAGGGAGCACUUCAAUCGUCUGGUUCCCCGGCUGAGAGCGGUUUCAGCCUACGUUGGUAGGCUUAUGCCCAGGAUCGAGGGACCAGACGGGAUGGCACGUCUCCUCCACGCGGGGAUACUAAAUUCGGUGGCCCUGUACAGGGCACCGAUUUGGGCGGAAGCCCUAGCCGUCAGUCGCCCGAUGCAAGCAACCCUAUGCAGGGUGCACAGGGCGCUGGCGGUCAGGGUGGCCCGCUGCUACCGGACUGUAUCCCACGUGGGGGCGACAGCUCUGGCGAGCAUGCCCCCAUCGAGCUCCUAG